UGACUUCACUCAGUGGGAUUACAGAGCAGAGAGGCUGGGAGCUGCUGGGCAGGCAACAUGCUGCUUCUGCUCUUUGCCUUCGUUUUCUUUGCUGAAUGUGUGAAUAAUGCGGUGAUAAAUACAACCGACCACCAUCCAGAAACGUUAGAAGAACUAACAUCUGACACAAAUUCAUUGGUGGAGGGAGACAUCUUGCUGAAUAGUCAACUUGUCAGAGACAUAAGAACUCGAAGAAAAGUCACCACUGAACCAUUGAGUGUAAAGGACAACAGGAAUGCAAUGAGCACUGUUUGGCCAACAACACACAUCCCAUAUGAAAUUAGCCCAGAAAUAGAAAGCCGAACAAGCGACAUCCUGGCUGCCAUGGAGAUGUUGUCUAAACACACCUGUAUAACCUUCCACAAGAGAGGGACCGAGGUGGACUAUGUGUUCUUCCAAAAUGGAAAUGGCUGUGCCUCAUACAUAGGCUUCAUUGGUGGCAAGCAGAGUGUGUUCAUGCCACCCCAGUGCUCUUCGGGUAACAUCGCUCAUGAGCUUCUUCACACCCUUGGCUUCCAACAUGAACAUACCCGGUCAGACCGUGACCAGUACAUCGAGGUGGUUCAAAAUAACAUAUUGCCAGGGAUGGAGAACAACUUCAAUAAAAUUAAUGGUGAAACGUUUGGAAUUCCCUAUGACUACACUUCCAUCAUGCACUACGGAAGGACGUUCUUUUCAUCGAACGGGCAAGCCACAAUCAUUCCAAAAGACAGCGAUGUACAUGGAAUGGGACAGAGGCAAAAACUGAUGAAGUCGGACAUCGAGAGAGUCAGACAUCUUUACCACUGUGAUGACCUGAAAUCAAACAGCAUGACUGACAGCUGAGAAUCCCUCCUGCUUCCUACGUUCAAUCUUCCUCCUCGCAUCAUCACAACUCCACCACCAGAGAGCGCAUCAGCACAAAGCAAGCCUUGACUGCUCUGAGAAGUUUGUAAAACUUGCAUGUACAGAACCUGAAAUCUGAUGGAUUAGUUUGGAAUUACUACACACA